AAAGUUAUAAAUAGUCCUGGAUCCUGUCCCCACCAAGAGAAACUUUUUUGUCCCUCAAGUUGGUUGUAUCUAUUAGAAGAUUUUUCGUCCCCAAGUAAUAAAAAGUUUUUCAGAAUGUCAACAAUGGGAGAAUUUGACUCAGACUUUUACCAGUCAAAUUAUACUAUUGAUAAUCAAGAACAAGGUUAUGAUGCUGCUGAUGCUUAUGGAAAUCCAUAUGGAAUAAGAGAACAGCAUUCAACAGAGCUGCCCCACUCUGCAGCUUUUGUUCCUCCAGAGAUGAUUGCAUCUUCAGGUUACACCAGACAAUUUUUUCAGCCAAAUUAUAAUUCGGAUUAUUACUCACAGCCGGCUUAUGCAGACAGUUUUGAUGAAGAGCCACCUUUGCUAGAAGAACUUGGAAUAAAUUUUGAUCACAUUUGGCAAAAAACGAUGACAGUGUUAAAUCCUUUGAAACCAGCAGAUGGCAGCAUUAUGAAUGAAACUGACCUCACAGGCCCCAUGCUUUUCUGCAUAGCCCUGGGAGCAACCCUCCUUCUGGCGGGAAAAGUUCAAUUUGGCUACGUGUAUGGCAUGAGUGCAAUUGGAUGCCUUGGGAUUCAUGCUUUACUGAACUUGAUGAGCACUUCAGGAGUGUCAUAUGGAUGUGUGGCGAGCGUGCUGGGUUACUGUCUGCUCCCCAUGGUCAUCCUGUCCAGCUGUGCCAUAUUCUUCUCACUGCAGGGAACCAUUGGGACUGUAGCAGCUCUAAUCAUCAUUGGAUGGUGUAGUCUAUCUGCAGCCAAAAUCUUCAGUUCAGCACUGACUAUGGAAGGACAGCAACUGCUAGUUGCUUACCCUUGUGCCUUACUUUAUGGACUUUUUGCCCUCUUGACUGUUUUCUAAUGUAUUUUGAAUAGUCUUUUUGUGUGUUCUUUGUUUGCAUGUCUAGUUAAUUUAGAAAGGGAUUAAGUUACCUUUACCUCUGAAUUAGUAAAUUGAGAAACAAAACGACACUUAAUGAUGGUAUAGUGUAGAAGCUUCUCUGGCUUGAAAGAUAUUUUUGCUUUCCUGCUUGUGAAAUAAGAUCUAAAAUAAAGCUAAUGGAAAAUAAAAUAAUUACUUUCAAAGAGUCUUUCCCCCAAUAACUCUUAAACUGGAGAUAUAGGAACAGUUAUACCUUGCUUGACUCACUAGAAAUAUUCAUGAAGAGUUGUGUGAUAGGUAAAAUCAUAUGUACUAUGGGAAUUUGCUUCUUAAAAGUGACCUAUGGAAAACUAAUUGAGAAACUAAAGAAAUGCUCAGUAGUAUAUGGUCACUCCUUAAUCCAAUGUGAUUUUAAAAAAAUGUCUUCUUUAUACUGGUAGGUGUAAAGUACAGGUAUUAUAGAUGCAUAUAGAGGAUUGGAUGACAAUAGACAUCAAGUAGAACACACACAAUUUUUCUCCACUAUAAAGAGAAAAAAAGUAGAACAUCUCUAUGAAUUUAGAUGCUUACCCAUUAUUUCUAUGUAUACUUUCCUUAUGCCUCAAAGAGAAUUGAGCUGCUGGAUGAAGCUUUGUGAAGAAUCUAUGGAAAAACUCAGACAAGUAUUGCAAAGGAUUAGAAAGUGGAUCUGGGUUGCAGUCUGCAUCGAAAGAGGAAAUACUCAUAUUGAUGAGAUUGCAAGUUCACUGAAAUAGCAAAUCAUAAUUAAUUAGAAUCUUUACUUGUUAGGCUUUCUAUAUGAAAAGGGCACUAAAUUAAUUAAUAAUUCAAAGAAAAAAUUGUUCAGCAUAAAAUGUUAGACUAAAUAUAUAAUAUGUCUCUGUGUAUAUAUGUAUAUGUACACACACACACAUAUACACAUAUAUACACUUUAAAAAUUUUUUCUCUUAUGUUUCUUCUUUCCUCUUUGGUGGAUCAGUCCUUUGGAGGCCAUCAUCUUGAGGCCUAGUAAAUUGAUUGUACUUUUUCUCCUGUUGAUUGCUUUAAGUCCAAGAAUUGUUUUGAAGAUGGGGGGAGAAGUUGGUAGAUACAGCAAGUUCUUUAAAAGGAGCAGUUUAAAAAGUCUUUUUAAGAAAUUUGUUUAGGGUUUGAAAGUGAAAGAACCCACAUAUCAAGCAAAAAUCAGAUAACUUUUGAAACUUAGAAAACUUCACUGAAGUCAUUAAGAA